AUGUUUGUGGAGAUGGAAUUAUUACAGGAAUUGAAGAAUGUGAAGAUGGAAAUACUAUAUAAUAUGAUGGAAUGGUUGGUUUAUUGAUAUAACAGUUUCUGCUUGGUAAUGUAAGGAAUUAUGUGGAGAUUUAAUGAUAGUUGUAAGUGAUUAAUUCAAAGAUGGCAAUCUUCAAGAUACAGACGGUUGUAAGGAUUGUAAAUAUUUCUGUAGAAUUGGUUGUUCUUCUUGUGAUUACAAUAUUCAUAAAUGCUUAAGUUGUGAAUUGUCUGGCUUUGUUCCUAAAGAUUACUAUUGUGAUAAUGUAUGUGGAGAUGGUUUAGUUGUAAUAGAUCUUUCUGGGAUUCAGAGGAAUGUGAUGAUCGUAAUACUAAUAAUAAUGAUGGUAGUAAUAACAUUUGCUAAUUUUAAUGUUAAACAUCAUAUGUUAGUUGUAUAUAUGAAAGAUGCAUAAUAUGCGCAGAUGGAUAUUUGCUUACUAAUGAAAAAAUAUGUAUAUCAAUAUUUGUGGAGAUUUUAAGAUAGUACUUGGUGA